AUGGAGAUGAAGAUUUUCUCUUUUAAUGUCAUCGCAGUUGCACUUCUAAUUGUAGCAAACUCCGGACUGAUGCACACAAGGGGACAUAGCGUUUCGUGCCUAAACCAGCUUGCUCCAUGCCUAAAUUAUCUGAGUGGAACAAAAGAAAUGCCUCAAGUAUGCUGUAACCCUCUCAAAUCAGUAAUAAAGAACAAUCCAGAGUGCUUGUGCCGUAUGAUAAGUAACCGUGGGAAUUCACAGGCCGAGCAAGCUGACAUCAAUGUCAACGAUGCACAAAUGUUGCCCGCUAGAUGUGGAGAACACUUCAAUCUCAUCGCCUGCUUGACUCGAUCUCGAGGAUCUACUAACUCGGACCGAAGCUCCUCCACUGACAACUCCUUUUCUCAGUCCUUUUCGAUGACAACAUUAGCUUUUACAACAACUCUUUUAUUAUUUACCAUUCAAAUAAACUGA